AGGCGGCUGAAAGUUUUUUUGUAUGUUGUUAAAAAUAUUAAUAAUAAUUUUGUAAUGUUAAUUGUGAAUAAAUCAGUUUAAUCAAUAUAAUAUAAAAUUAUCAAUUAAUAAACAUUCCAUUUAGAAUAAUUUUUUUUAUGUAGUUUAUUGUUACGAUAUACAUUUGGAAGAAUUUAAAUUUCCAGUGAUUCAUUGACGUCAUUCCUUGGAAUCCUACGCGUUUGUUAUCAUAUUGAUCACGUCAUUCGAGUGGCAAGUGACAGGUGGAUACAAUUAAAAACAUUCCAAAUUGUUAUAAUGAAAGAAAAACAGUAUUAUUUUAUAUUUUUCAUAAUUGUUCUAUUUAAUAUUAAAAAUGCUAGUUGUUACAGUAUUGAUAAAUAUUUAAUUUCUAUGCCAAAUGUUAAACCGAACAUUCCUGAAUUAUAUUUAUGUACUCCAGUUAAAUUAAAUACCACUAAUACAUAUUAUAUUAUUGAAUUUGAACCAAAAGCAUCGAUGAAUGUUGCUCAUCACAUACUCCUUUAUGGCUGUAAAACACCUGGAUCAGCAAAACCUGUUUGGAAUUGUGGAGAAAUGAGUAAAUCGGCUGAUGAUGAUGAUGAUACAGCAAGUCCUUGUUCAGAUGGAUCAGAAAUUUUGUACGCAUGGGCUCGAGAUGCUCCAAAAUUAGUCCUACCAGAUGGUGUAGGUUUCAAGAUUGGUCAAAAGUCUCCAAUUAAAUAUCUAGUUCUUCAAGUUCACUACGCACACGUUGAACAUUUUCAACAUGGUGAAACCGAUAAUUCUGGAAUUUUAUUGCAUUAUACUCAAAAACCUAUGAAUAAACUUGCUGGAGUCUAUUUAUUGGGAACUAUGGGCCGGAUUCCACCACGAUCUACAGAAUACAUGGAAACAGCUUGUGAAAUUAAAGAAAACAAAACAUUACACCCGUUUGCAUAUAGAACACAUACUCAUUCAUUAGGAAAGGUUGUCUCCGGAUAUUUGGUUACUCCCGAUUAUAAAUGGAUUGAACUUGGAAAAAGAAAUCCAUUAACUCCUCAAAUGUUUUAUCCGGUUCACAAUAAUGUAACUAUCACAGAAGGUGAUACUGUAGCUGCUAGAUGCACAAUGUACAGCACUAGAGAUACUUGGACGUCAAUUGGACCAACAAAUAACGAUGAAAUGUGUAAUUUUUAUUUGAUGUAUUAUGUUGAAAAUGAUGAACCACUCGAAAUGAAAUAUUGCUUCACAAGAGGACCUCCUAACUUCUAUUGGCAUCUAAGUCGUCUUCAAAAUAUACCUAAUCGAGAAGCGUCUACUUUGUAGAUAAUCAUGUUUUAAAUGAAUUUAUUUAUUUAUUUAAUUGAACUAAAUUAAUUAUCAAUUGAAAAACUUUUGUUUAAAAGGAGAAAAAUAUAUCAUAUAACGGAAUUGACGCAUUUUGAAGUAAAGUCGAAGCACAAAGUUUGUUUAUUUAUUUAUUAAUGCCAAGGCAAAAGUCAAUUGGCAAGAGGAAUAUACAAAUAUAUAUGACAAAUAAUAAUAGGGAAAAAUUGUAACAAGAUACCACCCUAAUUUUAACAAUGUUAAAAAGAUCAUAGCAAUAACUAGAGAUCGAUAUUAUGAUAAAAGCUAUGAGCACAAGUAGAAACACAAAGUUGUGUAUUCAAACAUAAAAAGCAAUAAAAAAAUAAAAAUGUAUUUAUCUCCUUUUAAGCAAAAGCUCAAUUGAGUAUUUAAAAUAUGAAUUAUUGAAUAUUUAUGCGCAAAUCAAUAUACUUAAUACUAAAUGUGAUCAUUAUUUUUAAAAAUAUUUAUAUUUUACGAAUUAAAUUUAAUUGACAUCCAUACAUACGAAUUAUACUUUUGAGAGAUAAAAAAUUAUUUUUAAUUUUAUGAGUGUAGUGUUUUGCAAUUAGUGACGAAAUACUAUUUUUUCUCAGAAACAAUUUACUUAAAAUUGAUUCAAUGUGUGAUUAAACUCGUUAUAUUAUUUAUUUUUUUACGAUAUUUUUUAAAUAUUUUUUUUUCUCUUGUUGUGUUAUUACUCUACAAUUUUUAAUUUAAGUUCUUCCAUAAAACUCAAAUGGCGCUAAUUAUUGUUAAUAAUUACUCCAAAUUAGUUUUAAUAUUUUUCUGACUAUCGAAUCUCAUAUCUAUCACUUGAUGUGGUACUGAAUAAUUCCUAUUUCUUAAAUAAUUAUAUUGCAAAUAAUAUUUAUAUAUAAAUAUAAAUAUAUAUACGUAUGUGUGUAUGUUUACAUUAAAUAUAUCAUACUGUAUGUGGAUAAAAAGUGUGUAAACAAAAAGUGCGGGUCAAUAUUUUUUGUCUUAAUAUAUACAAGAAAUUGUAUUUUUC